CUUCCCCCGUGAUCAUCUGACGUGUCUGAAACAGUUUUCCACCGGUAUCGGGGUUUUUAACGCGUGGGAUAUUGAUCGGACGGUAAACUAUACGUGGUGACAAGAUGUUGGAUUUCUUCACCAUCUUCAGCAAAGGGGGGAUAGUGCUGUGGUGUUUUCAGGGAGCCGGGGUUAGCGAGUCUUUCACGGGGCCAGUCAAUGCUCUGAUCCGCUCAGUGAUCCUUCAGGAGCGUGGUGGGAACAACUCCUUCACUCACGAAGCUUUGAGUCUAAAAUACAAACUGGACAAUGAGUUUGAAUUGAUAUUUGUGGUGGGUUUUCAAAAGAUCCUGACACUGACUUAUGUGGACAAGUUUAUAGAUGAUGUCCAGCUUCACUUCAGGGAUCGUUAUAAGAAUGAAUUGGAACAAAAGGGAGCUCUGAAGCUUCUCAACAACACCUUUGACUUUGAGGACAGAUUCAAGAAACUUCUAAGAGAGGCGGAGGAAACCAGUAAAGCUCGAAGCCCCGCCCCCAUGCGGUCCUUUAAGGAAUCUGAGAAAUCCCAAAAAACUGUGAAGUCAAUGAUUGAGACAAAAGGUGGAGAUAAGUCGAAGGAGCAAGGAGGCAAAAAGAAUAAAAAUACCAAAAAGGAGGCUCCUGCAGUUGAGCCUCCCAAAGGGGAUCAAGGUAAGACCCCACCUUCUGGUCAGAAGGAUGUUAUGAAUGGUAACCAAGGCUUAACUCCUGAGGAGAUCAUACAAAAGAAGAGGGAGGAUUUCUUCCGCAAGCGUAUGAUGGGACCUGCUGAAAAACCGAGCAAGUCCCCAAAGCCCCAAAAACCAAAGGAGAAAGUGAACCGUGUUUGGGACAACGCAGGCAGCAGCACCAAGAACCUGGACUACAGCAACAAGAAUGGAGAGACUUCUCCCAGAGAAGACCAAAAGAACCUGGAAGCACAAUUUGACCCAGAAAUGCAGGUCAGCUCCAUGAAAGGCGACCUGCUUGCUGUGGACUACGAGUCCAGUGAGGAGGGAGAGAUAGAAGAGGAAGAAGAGGAAGUGGUUAUCACUCAAACAAGCAAGACAAGUCCCAAAAAGAGUGGCGGUUUUGGGGGGAUGUUUGGGAUGCUGAAGGGUCUUGUGGGUUCCAAGAGUCUAUCUAGAGAGGACAUGGAGCCAGUGCUGGAGAAAAUGAAGGACCACCUCAUUGCAAAGAACGUUGCAGCUGAUAUUUCUUCCCAGCUGUGUGAGUCUGUGGCCAAGAAACUGGAGGGCAAAGUCAUGGGCACAUUCACCACUGUGGCUUCGACGGUGAAGCAGGCCCUGCAGGACUCCCUGGUGCAGAUCCUGCAGCCCAAGCGCAGAGUGGACAUCCUGAGAGACGUCAUGGAGGCUCAGAGCCAGCGCAGGCCGUUUGUCAUCACGUUCUGUGGCGUCAACGGGGUUGGCAAGUCCACCAACCUAGCAAAGAUCUCCUACUGGCUGAUUGAGAAUGGUUUCAGUGUGCUGAUCGCAGCUUGUGACACAUUUCGUGCGGGCGCAGUGGAGCAGCUUCGUACCCAUCAGCGCCGCCUGAACUCUCUUCACCCCCCAGAGAAGCACGGGGGUCGCCCGGUCGUCCAGCUCUAUGAGAAGGGCUAUGGGAAAGACGCAGCUGGAAUUGCAAUGGAAGCCAUUGCCUACGCUCGGAACCAGGCAUUUGAUGUGGUGCUGGUGGACACUGCUGGGCGAAUGCAGGACAACGCCCCUCUAAUGACAGCUCUGGCCAAACUUAUUGCUGUCAACAUGCCUGACUUAGUUCUGUUUGUUGGAGAGGCUCUGGUGGGCAAUGAAGCGGUUGACCAGCUGGUGAAAUUUAAUCAGGCUCUGGCGGACCACUCCAUGUCUGACAAGCCUCGCCUCAUUGAUGGAAUUGUUCUCACAAAGUUUGACACGAUUGAUGACAAGGUUGGUGCAGCCAUCUCCAUGACUUACAUCACAGGCCAGCCGAUCGUUUUCGUGGGCACGGGGCAGACCUACAAUGACCUGCGCAGCCUCAACGCCCGCGCUGUCGUCGGCGCCCUAAUGAAGGCUUAACAAGCGGCUGCACACUCUGCUGAAUAUUUAUCGGUUUUCAGAAGAAGUCGGCGGUACCAUUUGCGACACUGCCAUGAGAUGUUCAAACCCACCCUUUCAUGCUCGUGUCUCGCCCACCCAACCUUGCAUUAAAUAAACUCGAGCGACGGACAGAUGGUGCACUUCAAGAGAAAGUUUUCCAUUUUAAUGCAGUGAAACCUUCCUUUUGGAUAAUUUUUUUUUUUGGGGCCAAAAUAGUCUAUUUCAGAUCAACUAACAUGGCAUUUUAACUGGACCUUGGUUGGAUCCCCAGUUUGCUGGUUCACACAGCAGAACUUGUGUAUUUUGUCCCUCAGUUAUCUCCACUUUAUGGAAAUUGGUUUUCCUGUUCCCAAGGAAAGCUCAGCAACCGUAGUGCCUCUCUCUUUGGAUAUCUUGAUUAAUACAUUACAAGGAUUAUUACCUACCAGCCUGAGUUAAAAUCAGUAUUUAUGCAGGUUAACAGGUAAACUAAACUGCUUAAAAGAAGCUAAAUAAACUAAGGAUGGCAAAGUCUUAAUUGUGAUUCUGUAUAAAUCAGAACAGUACAUCUAAAUCAUAAAUUAACAACUGUGCUGUCUUUUUUUCAUUUGGACGUUUUGUAAUUAAAACCAUCUUUUAGAGAUUUUUACAUCCCCCAAACUGACAAUUUACUUUGUACAGGAAGAGUAUUUAUAGUCAUUUAACUUUUUCACAUUGUCACACCUUAAAACCACAAACCUCAAUAUAUUUUACCCAGAUUUUAUGUGAUGGAGGAAUUCAGGAUUAUGAAGUAAAUGAAAAAUUACAUAGGUCUUCAAAAUUAUUAUAAAAAUUGAGAAAUCUGCACUGAAGAAGUAAAACUAGCCUUACAAUAUUUACAGAGUUAAGCUUUUUCCAGAGCUUCGAUCUGAAAAAAGAUUCAAGAUUAGAUACAUUUGGUAUCAUUUUAACGUACAUCAGGUCUCCCUGUCCCUGCUGAAGUAAAGCUUCUGCACAGCAUGAUGCUGCCAUCACUAUGUUUUACUGUGAAGAUGGUGUGUUCAGCAUGUUGUACAGUGUUGUUUAUAUACCUGUUUGUCUUUAUACAAACAGGUUUUUGUAUAAAGGUUUCAUCUGAGAAGAGCACCAAGAACAUGUUUCUACAUUCCCCCACCAUUUUCCUAAAACUUACACACUGACUGCAACUUCACAUAAAAAUCUGAUAAAAUACACUGACGUUUGUGGUAAUAUGACGCGAUGAAUUUGUUUUUGUCUGUCAGUCUUAAAGAUUUGAGACUAAGCUGUUUUCUAUCAAAGUUAUGGUACCCCUUUAUUUUAUUUUCCCUUACAUAUUCAGAGUAAAUCUAAGUUUUAAAGAUCUUUAGACCAUCCUUUUAAGGUGUGGUAGUGCAAUACGAGAAAAUCAAGGGUCAUACUGGCAUUUUGAACUAAUUUAUGAUUGUAAACAUUUUUUAAUAAAGCUGCUAUAUGCUUA